AUGACACGCAGAAGUGAGAAGGGGAGCAUCACCUUCAAUCCCGAGAUUGAAAGAACUCUCCGUCGCCGCCUUAGAGUUUCUAAGCAAGUGAGAGCUGAAAGUGAAGAGAUGGCCGAACCAAAAACCAUGAUUGAUUAUGCCAAACCAACCCUCAUUGGGGCUGCCUCGAGCAUUCCGGAAAAGAAAUCUAAUCUAGAGGAGCUGAUGACCAAGUUCAUAGCAAGUGCAGAAACGAGAUUUCAGAACCAAGAAGCAUCGAUCAAGAACUUGGAGACUCAAGUGGGGCAGUUGGCACAAAUGAUAUCUUCUAGAGUACAAGGCGCCUUACCCAGCAAUACCGAAGCAAAUCCAAGAGAGCAAGUGCAAGCCAUUAUCUUGAGGAGUGGUAAGGAGCUGCAAGAGGUGGAGGAGAAGGCAAAGGAAGAAGUUAAGGUGAGUGCAACCCUAGAAACCGAAAAGAAGGAGGAAGAGCAAUCUGAUUCAAAGAAAGAGAAAAGUCAACAGCUGCAAAUGCCACACUAUGCAAAGUUCCUGAAGGAGAUAUUGGCAAACAAAAGGAAACUGGGAGACGUGGCUACAGUUGCACUGAAUGAAGAAUGUUUGGCAAUCCUCCUCAACAAGUUGCCUCAGAAACUGAAAGAUCCAGGGAGUUUCACUAUUCCUUGCACUAUAGGCAGUUUGAAAAUUAAUAAGGCAUUGUGUGAUUUAGGAGCUAGUAUAAAUUUAAUACCAUAUUCGGUUUUUAAGAAAUUAGGGUUGGGUGAACCCCAACCCACUAGAGUUGCAUUGCAAUUAGCUGAUAGGUCCAUCAAGCAUCCUAGGGGAAUCACAGAAGAUGUACUUGUAAAAGUUGAUAAAUUCAUUUUUCCUAUGGAUUUCAUAGUUUUAGACAUGCAAGAGGAUGUUGAUGUCCCUCUUAUCCUAGGGCGACCUUUCCUAGCCACGGGGAAGGCAAUGAUUGAUGUCCAGCAAGGGCAACUCAGCCUUAGGAUUCAAGAUGCGGAAGUAACUUUUAAAAUGUCUGAUGCUAUGAAACAUGCAUCUUCUAGUGAUGAUUCAUAUUAUAUGAUAGAUGUCACUGAUGAUGCGGUUGGUGGAUGCUUUCAGGUCAACAAUCAGCGCCCCAAACCAUAUAUAGCGGAUGGAGCAUUGCCUACCCCGUCAACUGUGUACCUAGAUGUUCAUUGA